AUGGAAAGCAAUGAUUCAGACAUUAUAGAACAACAGGAUCUAAUUAAAUUUAAAGUAAAUGAUCCAAACCUUCCAAGCACAUCACACAAAUCAGAAAUCGAACAACUACCAAUUACAUAUGAUUCUGAUAAUCUACAGCUUCCAUUAUCUGAUCAAUCAUCCGUACCUUUUAUAUCAAGGAAUUUUAAUUUUAACGGAGUAGUAGAAACAAGUAAAAAGAAAAACAUUACCAAUAAAAGAGUUUGGGACAAGGUCGACCAUUGCCUAUUCUGUGAGAAUAGCGUCACAAAUUUCACCAGACAUUUAAUUCGUAAACAUGGCAAUGAAAUUGAAGUUAUACGAUUCAUGGCAUUACCAAAAGGCUCAGCUGAAAGAAAAACGGAAGCUGAUAUUUUAAGGAAGCGAGGAAAUUUUUUAUUCAAUGUUGAUGGAAAUACUAAAAUAAAACCAGUACGACGUCCUUAUGAAUUUGAAACUAAAACUUCGGUCGUUACUGAUUAUUUACCAUAUAAACAUUGUCUAGGAAUGUUCAAAAAAAAAUAUUUACAUAGACAUUUUAAAAUUUGUAAAAAUUUAAAAAGUAAAACCAACACAAGGAAUCAACCUCAGGCAGAUGGCCAGAACAUUAUCCUUACAUUUUCAGAGACCGACGAACCGUUAUUAAAAAAUGUCUUCCCAAGAAUGGCUCCUGAUCAAAUAUCUCUAGUUGCAAAAUCUGAUAAUUUAAUAAAGGCUUUUGGAACCAGAUAUUUAAAGAGUCAUAAGGAAAAACAUUUAAUUGCAGUAGUCUCGCAAAAAAUGAGAACUUUGGCCCGUUACCUAAUUGCCAUGAAGGAAGAAAAUAAUCAAAUUUUUUCACUUGAAGACUGUCUUACUCCAAAAUAUUUUGAUUCCACAGUUAAAUGUUCUCAACAAGUAGCUAAAUAUAACAAACUGACAAAUAGUUAUGCAUCUCCAUCUGUAAUUUUAAAACUUGGACAAUUGUUGAAACAAUGUUGUAAAAUUGCAGAAUUAAUUUUUUUAAAAGAACAACAUGGUAAUGUAAAUCAACAAGAAAAUAUUAAGGCGGUACAAAACAUGAAAUAUUUAAUAGAAACACAGUGGUCUCACGAAAUAUCUUCUAAUGCUUUGAAGGACAUUACACAGAAAAAAUGGAAUAAACCAGCGAUCUUACCUCUUACUUCUGAUAUUAAAUUAUUCAGAAAUCAUUUGUUAAAAAUCGAAAAUGAGUCAUAUAACAAAUUAAAAGUAAAUCCAGAAAAUUUACAUGCUUAUCGUGAUCUACAAGACAGUAUAUUAGCACAGUUAAUUUUGCUUAACCGCCGCAGAUCUGGGGAAAUUCAGCGAAUACAUCUUGAUACCUACACAAAUUCUAUAUCAGAAAUUUCUCAGAAAGAAAUUGUGCAGGCAUUAUCUCCCAUGGAAACAGAAUUGACUAAAAGCUUCAAACGUAUUGUAAUACGAGGUAAACGUGGGAGGGGUGUACCAGUGUUGUUUACACCUCACUUACAAAAACGUUUACAGUACUUGUUGCAACUAAGAAAAAUAGUCAGCUUUAUUAAUAAAGACAACCCGUACCUUUUUCCAUUAACUCAGUCUCCAAAUAAUUGUGUUAGAGCUUCAGAUGUAAUCCGUAAAUUUGGAGAUGAGUGUGGAGCUCAACACCCUGAAAACAUCACUUCAACACGUUUGAGGAAACAUGUCGCCACUGCAACACAACUGUUGAAUUUAUCCGAAGGGGACAUUGAACAACUAUCUACAUUUAUGGGACAUUCAGUAAACGUGCAUAAAGAAUAUUACAGACUCUCUGACAAUGCGUUCCAGGUUGCCAAAGUUAGUAAGCUUCUAUUAAUGAUGGAAAAAGGACAAGGAAAUGAGUACCGAGGAAAAAGUUUGGAUGAAAUAGAUAUUGAUGUGGAUGAAUUACUGUCUGGUGAAGAAGACUGUACAGAUGAAGAAAAUGAAAUCGAUAUAAAUCAAACCACAGAUCUUAAAACUAUUAAAUUAAAUAAAAAUAAAUCAAAUUCUUCUAUCAAAGAUAAGUCACAAAAACAAGUCCCCAACCAAAUUGAAGUAGGAACAAAAGGUUCAAAAAUAAAAAAAACAAUUGUUAUACCAUGGUCAGAAGAAGACAAAGUUAUAGUCACAUCAUAUUUUAAAAAAUAUAUUCUAUUAGGUAAAACACCUAAAAAACAUGAGUGUGAAGAAUUUGUGUUGUUACAUCCUCAAAUAAAUAAACCUUGGAAAAAAGUUAAAGACUUUGUACAUAACAAAAUUAAUUCACUAAAGAAAAAAUAA